GAUGCAGCAAAAAUUGCACUGACCGAUCCGAUCUGCACAGAAGUGAAUGAAAAAAUAUCACUUUCACGACGUAUCGAGAAGCACUGGCGUCUAAUUGGCUGGGGAACGAUCAGGCGUGGUGCCACAACCAAACCGACAGCACCGAAUUCAGUUUGA